AAUGAAACCAAAUGACCAACACCCAACCCAAGGUCGAAGUUAGGUACCCAACACCCAGGACCCAACACCUAGAACCCAACGACUAACAACUACCAACAUCCAAUACGGCGGGCUGACAACUUGAAAAAAAUGACCCAAAACAUUCAUGUUACCGAAAGGCAGCCCCCGGGGCGAGCACACAGUGUUGGUCUUGUCGGCCUCCCUCCUCACAUCCGUCGUCGCAUAUACCUCCACGCGGGUGUGGCACGGUUUGACGGCCACCCAUACACGUACCUUUUGGGCGGCCGCAACAGGUCGGUUCGGUUGGUUAGCAUUCAGCUUGCACCAGACCCUUCCAACUUUCAAUCUCCUCCGACGCGCAACUUCGCCGGCCUACUCCGAUCUUGCCGUGCCCUGUACGUCGAGACAGCAGCUCUAUUCUAUUCGGCCAACCGAUUUGUCGUCUUCUACUCGCCUCGGGACUCAUUCAAAAACCUUCGCGCUCUGUCACCAACAUCCCUCGCGUCUCUGACCAGUUUAAAGAUCGUUCUCAACCAGUCAUGCGACGAGCCGAUUGACCCGUCACGGUUUCCUCCAUAUUGCUGGUGCUGGGACCAUCCAGACGAGUCCUGGUCUGCCAACCAUCAUUGUUUCAAAGACCGCUGGCCGCGCCAUGGUGCUCAGCCCCGUGAUGGCCAGCACCGCCGUCCCUUGCUGGACCAUCCCCCGGCCUCCCAUUUGACCGUUUCCACAUCGGCCGAGCAUGAAGUCCAGGCUAUGACGGGCGAGUGGUCCGAUGCGGUGGCCUCCAUAUCGCCCCAUAUCGGCAUUGGGCGUCUCGAACUGUUCUUUGUUUGCGAUAUCGACCCUCAGAACACAUACGCAUUGGAAGCAGCCCGGCUUGCUCUCGCCCCGGUCACCCUCUUCCCACGUCUCAGAGACUGUCAUGUACGGUUGUCCAAAAAGCCCAGCUACGCGCUUCAGCAGGUUGCCCAAGCUGCAGUCCUCCAGGCCUGCGACAAAGCCUCCCCCGCCCGACUUGGCCCUGCCGACCUCAAAAGAUCCUCGGCUCUGACAAACCUUCCGCCUGAGUUGCGUGUCCGUAUCCUCGAGUAUACCGACCUUAUAACCCCCUGGAAAGAGGUUACAUGGAGUAGACAACAUCGCGGCUACCAACUAGUUCAGUCGCUCUGCUCCGCCUUCUCGUCGCGUGAUAAUGGGAAGUGCCCAGCUGAUGUUCACAAUGGUUGCCGGCUGCACCGUUGCGACCCCGACCUGGAUGCCGACCUGGGUUAUGCACCAUUAACUGGUUGCUGCUUUUGUCGCGUUAGACAUUCUGCAGCAUCCUUCGCUUGCAAUUGCUGGGCUCCUCCGACGUACCUGUUUCUCAUCUGCCGCACCCUGUACCAGGACGCCGAGUUCGUCUUCUUUUCCCGCAACCGCUUCAUCGUCCACGACUUCCACGCAAGGGAGCCCUGCACUAGCACCGAAAGCUACUACCCAUUCGACCGUCUCGCCGCGUCCGAGUUCCUUCGGGACAUCAUCCCCACGCACUGCCUGGCUCACCUCCGUUUUCUCGAGCUAGUAUUCCCCCCCUACGUGCCCCACGGCUGGCCCGGUAAGGAUCACCCCGCGAUACUGGACUGGGUCGCCACCGUCGGCUGGGCACGGAGCCGGAUCAACGCACCCGCGCUCACCCUCCGCGUCGUCAUGGCCGACUUCCACACUGGCCCGGCCACGGGCCGUACCGUCAUGACCGAGGCUCUGGUAGACGGUAUCGGCAUAGGGCAAAGUUGUAUUUUCAAUCCUCUGAAGCCCUUGAUCAGGGAGGAGGGUGGUCUAGCAAACUUCUACAUGCAGGUGGCACACCCCGCGAGAUGGACCGAGGAUUUCCUUUACCUUGUUCAUCGCGCGGAGGUAACCGGUGACCACGAGUUCCUGGAACGGUUGCACCGCGAUUUCAAUGAGGCGAUUGAGCGCCGUGUGCGGGGCCCAGCGGGCUUGAGACGAGGUAAUCGGGACAACGCUGAGCCGAGCGAGAGCACCUGGCAACGCUGGCGUGGGGUGGACCUUCACAGCGCUUAAAACGUUCAAGAUAGCAUUGUAC